AGGUACUCCGUACCCUGUAUUCCUGUAUUGGCUUCGGCGCCUGGGGCUGUACUGUAGGAAGACCCUGUGGCACGUGAACCUCCUGACUUCUCACACUCUCUGCCCACUGUUCCCCAUUGCUCUAUUCGUGGUUCAAUUCAAGCUUCAACCCAGUUACCUUUGAUUGUCAAUCUUUAUCUCUUUUUCUUAAGUGGCUUAAAGUGACCCGUCCGUUUCCAAUUCUGACCUCGACUGUGCUAACGUUGCGCCCUUUUGGGCCAGCGACCGCGCUGCAUCGGCCACCUCGAGGCUACAAUCAAACUCAUCACUCUUAAAUUCUCCGACCUCUAGUUCAGUCGAUCUGAACAGGGAUACCUACGCGAUGGGUACUCUCCGUCUCGCAAGGCUGAGGUCUAUCCUCCUGGCCAUGAUUACCAUUCUCCUCGUCAGCGCGAUCUAUCUAUACUGGAUCCCGACCCCUGCUUCGACUCCUGCCUCCGUGGUUCCCAAUACGGCCUUCCAGGUGCCUCUGGCGGAGCGACAGAAUGCUUUCUGGAAAGCAUUGCAUCCGAUCCUGCAGAAAAAUGCCCCCGCGAACCCUCCCCCCGAACGUCGCGGAGAUGUUGGUGCGAUUCACUUCAAUGCCUCCUCGACCGAUCCGCGACCCGACCUGAUCCUCCUCAACGACCAAGACCGAAAUGCGAUGCAAGUGGCGCACGAGAACUUUGUCCUUGAUGUUCGUCAUUCGAAGGCCUUGCGACCGGUGCAUAGACCUGGGUCCCGAGGUAUUGUGUCGACCGCGGGGGGUUCAUACUUGCCCGUGUUCUUGUCGUCGUUGCGGAUGCUGCGUCGGGUUGGAUCUACACUACCGGUGGAGGUAUACAUGAAGGAUUCGACAGAGUAUGAGAAGCGCAUCUGUGAUGGGAUCCUUCCGAAAUUGAAUGCGCGGUGUCUUGUUCUGGCGGACGUGGUGGGCAAGGAGGCUAUUGCGCACUACCAGCUCAAGGUGUUCGCCAUGCUGUUCUCCUCGUUUGAAGAAAUUCUCUGGAUGGAUGCGGACGUCUUCCCACUGUACAAACCCGAGGAGGUCUUCGACGCAGACCCGUUCAAGUCCGCAGGGCUGAUCACCUGGCCUGACUUCUGGGCGUCAUCAGUGUCUCCGGCCUACUUUGCUCUCUCGCAACAACAAGAACCACCCAUGUCUGCACGACAGUCGUCGGAAACAGGCGCCCUCAUGGUGUCGAAAAAGACCCAUCUCACGACCUUGCUUUUGGCGGCCUACUACAACUACUACGGCCCUUCGCAUUACUUCCGGCUACUAUCGCAAGGCGGCCCAGGCGAGGGCGACAAGGAGACCUUUCUACAGGCAGCGUCGGCUGUAGGGGAGCCGUUCUACGCCGUGAGCGAACGUGUGGCAGCCAUCGGUCAUCCAAAGGACGGUGAAGACGGAAUCUCAGGAUCGGCCAUGGCACAAGCAGAUCCCAUUCACGACUACGUCCUGACGAGCCAGGAUAAAUUGCGAGUCCAGGACCCGUCUGUGGCCGAGCCUCCACGAGUGUUCUUCAUCCACGCACAUUAUCCCAAGUUCAACCCCGCCGAAAAUGUCUUUGGCAUGAAGUGGGAAACCGCCCCGACCCUUCGACCCGAUGGCACCGAUGGACGAGCAUGGACGACACCCGAGGACACACUGCAGCGGUUUGGAUACGAUGCGGAGAAGGCAUACUGGGAAGAGAUCAAAUGGGUCAGCUGCAAUCCGGACGUCGAGUUUCGGACGUGGAAUGACAAGCCGAAGGUCUGCGCCAGGGUCGAGAACUACUGGCAGAAUGUGUUUGCGGAGCCGCAUCAAGAUGAUCCUAAAUUCGGGGGGUGAUGACUGACGGGGUCCAUGGAUCUAUCAUUAACGCCAUAAAAGGCGUAUAUUCCUACCACGCAUUGAUGGGUGUGGCUUCUUGUUGCAUGGUUGGAAUGCCUUCCCCCGCCCAAGGGAAGUUGCGCCGGAGUCCAGGGCAUAUCGCGACCAGCGGUUUGCUUCAGAAUGUCACCCUUGGCUGAAUAUACACAGCAUACUGUUGCUACGAGUGGAAGACCAUCAUGUUAAUAUCUCCAUUAUUAAGAUACAAGUCAUGAGACCAUGGCAAAUCUAAUGAUACACAACCCAACCAAAAAUGCUAAACAAUCAUAAACGACAUCGUAAGACUCAUGCACCUAUUUAAUUGAUACCCUUCUCGCGCAGUCUCAACUCAUCAUCCUUCUGGAGGUCGUGGUCGA